UUUCAUACUUAAAGUGACUUUAAUUCAUAGUUUGAUGGUUGCUAAGGCUUCUCUUUGUUUCCUCAACAAUGUCCCCACUGUGCUCUGUCCACAUGCAGUCUCUGAAUGAGAACUUGAAACUCUUGCUGCCUGGCAACCUCUUUUUGUUGUAUCCAAUGCUUCAUGCUGAGCUGGCUUUAAUUUUUUUGAUCAAGCACAGCAAUUUGAACUCUUCACUGUCUACUUAGUCAUGGCUGAAUGACAGCCACUCUGCUGCAAGAAAGUAUAGGCUACAUGUUUGGUCUCAGAUCAUUGCUCUGAACAUGACUUAUUCACAAUGAAUCUUCCUGAGCUUUUGGAUACUACCACGUCUUUUGACCUCAGAAGAAAGUUGCUCUUUUCUGUGAGUCAAAACUUGAUCUCGAGCCGGAGUUGUGGACUCGUUCCACCACAAGUGGUUCCCCUUGAUCCAUGGAACGUGAAAGCUCCUGACUUCACCCCAAAACUCUACAGAUCUGUGGGUUUGCCACGGAUUAAGAGCAAAAACAUUCACCUGGUUAAAUCAAAUGAUAGUGUGGAACAAACAUCUUUUGUUUUGGAAAAGAUUAAGGAUGUUACUCCUUCAAUAUUAUCUCCACAUAAAGAACAACCAUUUAUCACGUGCUACAAACCACCAGACUCGCUAGAGACAAAACUGCUGUUUGUAAGAGCAGGGACGAAUCCUGUCGGGCCUUACAAAAAUCCCAAACCUCACAACUUCAGACCUUGUGCUGAGGGAAUGCCAGACAUGGUGACUUCUGUGGAAAAGGACCCAGACUGCUUGUUCUUAAAGUCUCAAUGCCUAAAAGCAGUCACUGACAUUCAUCCUGACCUGAACCCUCCUCACAGAAACACAGUGAGCAAAAUAGACACUUUCAAACCGGAAGAGCUUAAAUGGGACCCAAGGCUCAUACUACCAAAGACGCCAUGGCCCCCAAAAUCUGCAUCUUAUACAAGAUAUCGCCGCAGAAGAGGUGUAUAUAGUGCCUUAAUGGACCGAAUUGAAGAAAAGUUGACCAACUCCUGGAGGAAAUGAAUCUGUUUUAAGAGAAAAGAAAGAAGGUUGCCAAGUUUGCUGUUUAUUGUCACUCACAUUAUUAUAGUUGUUUAUUACACACUUGCUUUCUGUUGAUAAACUGUACAAACAGGCAAAGAUGUUGUUUUUUUUUAUUGCACAAACAAAAUAAAUGUAACCACUGCAUUAAUAGAAAUGUUACUGAUGCAAAAACUUGAGAAAAUGAGAUCCAGGCAGUCCAGCAAUGAUUAUGUCAGAGAUUAAAUUUGAAUAAGGAAUAACAAAUUUAUUAAUUAAACGUUAUAGAGACAGAUUAAUUGAGUAAUUAAUAGUUAAUAACAAAAUCUAGAGUAUUGUAAAAUCCAGAGUAUUGUAUCUAAUAGAUGAAGAUCAGAAUAUACAGAAAGAAGGAACAAAACUAAGACAUUUGCAGAAUGAAAUGAGAGAUAGAAGAGAAGAAGCAGAAGAGCAAAGAAAAGCAAAGGAAAGCAAAGGAAAAAGCUAAACCAUCAACAUCCAUUUUGUACCAUAAGCAUAG